UAUAUAAUUCCAUGCAUGCAUGCAUUCAAAUCAAAACAGAACAUCUCAACUCUGAACUCGUUUGAAAUCUCUAAAGAAUCGAUAGUGCUAAACAAAAUGGCAAUGAUGUUCUCAUCAGUCACCAAAAUCGUGCUUCUCUUUGCAGCUACGUUGCUUUUGGUCCACGCAAGUGCUCGCACUUUGCAGCAAACUCAGGAUUUGCCUCUCCAUGGAGGAGUCACUGCUCCUACCAAGGCUGAGUCUCCUAUGGUCAAUGCCCCUCUUGAGGACCAGAAGAACUUCAUCUACGGCGGUGGAAUUGGUGGUGUUGCCGGAGUUGGUGGAUUCCUAGGGAUGCCAGGUGGUGGAAGUGGUGGCACCGGCAUGACAUUGCCACUCCCGAGUGGGACGCCGCUCCUUGGUGGGGCUGGUGGGCUUGGUGGUUUAGGUGGUGCAAUGGGGUUCCCUGGUGGACUCGGUGGUGGACCUAGUGGUGGUGGUGUUCCAAGCUCAAGCGGUGGUUCUCCUUAAGACAGAUCAAGAUGAUUGGUCCUUAUGUAGCUCCAAGAUGUUUAGGAAGUAACGUUUUGUUUCGUUGUGUUUAAGCUUGAAUCUUUAAUGUUGUUUCUGUGUUUCCCUCCUCGUCUUUUCAUCAUCAGUUUAUGGUUGAAUGUUGUGUGUUGUGUUUCCUUGUUCGUGAUUUCUUUAAUAAUAUUUGUUUUUGUUUGAAUA